GCAUGGUUGCAGCGCAGAGCCGUUUUUUUCCGCUAUCACCACACUGGGUCUAACGUUCGCUCCAGGAUGGAGACUAAACCGGUCAUCACCUGCCUUAAAACCCUCCUCAUCGUCUACUCCUUCGUGUUUUGGAUAACAGGAGCCAUCCUGCUGGCAGUGGGAGUAUGGGGGAAGUUGAUGCUGGGCCCAUACAUUUCUCUGAUAGCAGACAACUCCACCAAUGCCCCAUACGUCCUUAUUGGCACUGGGACCGUCAUCAUCGUUUUUGGCCUGUUCGGAUGCUUCGCCACCUGCAGAGGAAGCCCAUGGAUGCUGAAGCUGUAUGCUAUGUUCCUGUCGCUGGUCUUCCUCGCUGAGUUAGUGGCUGGAAUCUCUGGAUUUGUGUUCCGUCACGAGAUUAAGGGGACCUUUCGCCGGACAUACACUGAUGCAGUCUUGAACUACAAUGCUGAGGAUGAGGCAAGCCGUGCUGUUGAUAACAUCCAGCACACACUGCGUUGCUGUGGAGUGUACAACUACACCAGCUGGCUCGGCAGUGUGUAUUACCCAUCUAACGGCAUUCCUGCCAGCUGCUGCUUUAACUCGUCUGACUGCAACCCAGAAGACCUCCGCAAUGCAACUGUAGCCCCGAGCAAGGUCUACCACCAGGGCUGUUAUGAGCUGGUUACUUCAUUCAUGGAAACCAAUAUGGCCAUUAUUGCAGGAGUGACGUUUGGAAUUGCCUUCUCACAGCUGAUUGGCAUGUUGCUGGCCUGCUGUCUGUCCAGGAUCAUCACAGCCAAUCAGUACGAGAUGGUGUAGCUGAUGUGACUUGGCAGGGAGAUGCAGAGAAGAAGAGACAAGGAGCCCUAACACAAGAGUAAAUUCCAGAAACUCCAUCACAUAAAUGAAAUGGAAUCGGCCUCCUCUGUCUCUCUGCCUGAUCUUAAUGUAAAAUCUUCUUGUAUCUUAUUGUAAAGCAUCAUUCCUUGACUCACUGCUGUCACAUCAAAGCGUUCUACACAACACAUCCCACUGCUGCUUGAUGUAGAAGUUGCUCAUUAGCACAUAUCUCAGACCUAUGAGGGGCAGGUAAACUUCAGCUGUCUUAGUGACAGCGGGUUGGUCUCAGAUAGGAGACUGGGUGCAACUUAACUUUUUAGUUUGUUGCAGCAUGUUUCACCGAGCGUCAUCAGAAGAACACUGCACAUCUUUGUACAGAACAACAUUACUAAAGCUUGAAAGUACUUUAAUAGAUAGGUUUAGUUUUGCAUUUGACUUUGCUAUUGCUCAUCAUGUAUAUUAUUAAUAUGGUUGUGACAUUUUGUGCACUGAUUAUGUGUACUGAGGAUGAAAUUUACAUUUGUAUGAAAAUGAAAAAGAAAAGAAAAUUAGGUUUUUUAACAUAGUUAAGGCCCAAUAUUUUUGAAUUGAUAAUUUCACCUAAUUAAAUACGGUGAAACCUUUUUUUCCUUGGAUGGAUACACAAGAAUGCAGAUUGUGACUCAGAGUACCUCAAUUCUUUAUCGGCGACAAAGAAAUCUGUGAUCACACACAGAACAAAUAGUGAAGCUGUCGAACAAAUCUGUCCAAAUCAACUUGAAUGCAGGUCAAGUCAGAAACUGCCAAUCACAGACAUGUUAUAGCAGCAGACAGGACAGUAAAUUCACAUAAUUUAUUAUCACAAGCUCCACCAAUGAGUCCCACAACAGUCUCACGUUAAUAUCCCACAAUUACUUUUUUCGAGUUGGCUCUUCAGAAUUCGGUGAAACAGAAUUUGAUGUGAAAAUUUGCACUUUUUAAAAUUAGCCUCCUCAAUCUAUUCAAGCAAUUAAUGAUUUCCCAUUAAAAUUAAACAAUUUUGUAAUGAAAUUGAGCAACUUUAAAUGCUGAUGUGACCUUGAAAUAACACUUCACACUUUAUUUUCCCUAAGGGUCAUGUGCUUCAAACAAAGUUUGUAAGAAAUGUCUUGUCAUUGUAUCUAAAUACAAAGUCUAAAGGUUAAAAAUGCUGCUGUCCAAGUGGAUAUCCCACCAGAGCACCAGUCUCUCAAAUCAUCCUUUCAUUGUCCCCCUCGUUCCUCACCCAUCACCUCAUGAGCUCAGCUUUAAUUAUUUUAAUGAUAAUAAUUUUAAUUUUAAUUAUUUCCUACCAAACAAAAUCUUUUUUUUUUCAAUUUGAAAUAUCUGUAUUUUUUUCCUUGAGCUCUUUGGCUAAAACCAGUCUCACUGAGUUGGCAGGGUUGUCUUCCUCCCCCAUGUCUUGCUAAUGGGUGUAGAGAGAAGUGAAAAACACAAAGUUUGAACACAAAGCUGAGAACAACAAACCCAGAGUGAGGCAGACUUUAUGUUUUUUAGAGCAUUGGUUCCUAGCCUGGGGUACCAGACCCCUAAUUAGGGGGUGCACCAAAGACUCAGGGGGGAUGAUGUGACUUUCAAAAUAAGAUCAACACAUGUCAACUAAAAUAAUGAUGAAACACCUAUUAGGCCAAGGGUCUUUUUAUGACUAACGUGUAGAAAUAUUUUCCUAAGGUUUCAGUGAUAUAGUAUGUGAUAUUGAUAUAUUUAGAUUUAAAAUGUUGCAUAUUAUCCCUUUAAAGCAGACCAUCCUAGAGCAGUAGUUCCCAAGUGGUCUAGCGUAGGACCCAAAACACAACAAAAAUAAUCACACGUUCUUUUUCCAUGAUGACUUCAAACCUCAGUUUAGUCCACUUUCCCAGAAGAAAAUCCAUAUUUUGUGUACUCUGGACAACAUGAAAUAAAAGGUUGCACUUCUUUUGUCUUUCAAAGCUUAUGGCAAUGAGUAGUAGCUACCUAACCACCUCCCUGCAUGAACUUUUUGCCUCGGCUUUUUUUAAAUUCCCAAGCACACAUAUACGACCAAGGGCCUACCUUUAGAUCUCAAACAAGUUCUUAAUAGCUAAACUGGCGUUAGUAGUUAAUUGAAGAUUUAAAAUGAGAUUAAGGAAGCAUUUUAAACCCGGUCAACUUUCACAUCUUUGAAAAUUGUAUCCCUGCAGUGUGGCCUUAAUGACCAGGCUUUGUAUUUUGGAAAGUUACAGAAUCUGUCUGCCAAAGAUGACCAGGAUUCAAUGAGGAAAGUUUAUACAAAGAAAGAAAAAGUCCGGACACUUGAAGAUUGAAUGGUAACUUUGUCUGAAGCACAUUGAUACCUUUAAAAUAUUAAAGUAUUUAUGUUACUGGUUAAAGAAUCCCUAGUAUUCAAUAUGUAAACUUUGAAGAGCGACAUAACACCAGCUGAAAAUCUUCUUUUGCUGACCUACACAGGUAAAAAUUGUUCAGUGACAAAGAGUUGAACCUGGCAUCACUUUGAGUUAAAUACAGACACAACUAAAAGAAGGAUUCAAUGUGCUAUUUUCACCCAGAAGAAGUCAGCAAAACAGAUUUUCAGCCUGUCAGGGUCAUAUCCAAUCAGGAUCAUGAACUGUUUUCUUCUGGUGUAGACGAAUGCCAGCUGUUUGUACAGUGAAAGAACCCAUCAGUGUUCAUCUAGUAUUUACAGUAUUCUAUGUAGUUAAUCAACAUGCCAUCAUCACCAUCAUCCUCUGUAGAUAUUUACUGGAAAUGUAAUUUAUAUGAUGUAAUGUUUCUCAGUCUAAUAUGCUAAUCAGUAUCAAUGUCGUGUCACAGUUUUGAUUCCGCACUUUGUGCUGUUACUCUGUAUUUGUUUGAUAGUUUGUAGAAAAAAACUCGCACUGAAAAAAAUAAUUGUGGCUACUGUUUUAGUUGAGUGUAACAUGAAACUUGUAGCUGUUUGAAUUUAGCUGAAUAUUUAUUCUGGUUUGGUUGGCAUUAAGUUUACAGUUUCACCAAGUGGUUUUCAUCUCUCUUUCAGAGCGAAAGUGCGAGUGUGUGGAGUGAUUUUCUCUAUUCUAUUUUGUUCUUGAAAUCAAGUGAGUAUUAUUCUUGAUAAGAUAAGGAGUGUAAGAGUGUGAGUGUGUGAGAGAGAGUUUCUGGUUUUAUUGAUCCUGAUGUUUUCUCUUUUGGUCAGUAUUCUGUUGUGGCUUCUCAAACCUUAUUGCUUUUAAAGCUGUACAUUUAUUUGGUGAAUGUAUGUUUUUCCAACACUCUGCUAUAACUUCUGUUCCCCUCCCUCAACUUAUAUUGUCCUGUAAAUACUAAAUUGUAAUACCAUCUAGCUUACACAUGGGGUCACCAGACACUCAAAAACAACUUCACCCUGCUGUCUACUAUUGACUAAGUCACCAUCAGUGGUCU